ACCCGUCAAAUGUCUUUAAUAUUACACAUACCAAGAAGAAACGACCAUCGCCUCCAUUGUCACAUAAUGUGCACCCUAUCAAAACAAGGCAAUUUCUUCACUUUAACCUUAACCGGCGACGAUGAUCAUCGCCUCAACCCCAAUCUCAUCGCCACCAUACUCUCCGCACUCCAAAAAAUCAAAUCACAAGCCACGCACGGCUCGGUUCUCAUAACCACAUCACAAGGCAAGUUCUUCUCCAACGGCUUCGAUCUCGCCUGGGCUAAAAAGUCAGCCGCCGCAGACGGUGGAUCCGCCAUGGAACGCCUCCAUGAGAUGGUCGUCUCUUUUAAACCGGUAAUCUCGGAGAUGAUAUCUCUCCCUAUGCCUACAAUCGCCGCCCUCCAAGGACACGCCGCCGCCGCUGGAUUUUUGUUCGCUUUAAGUCAUGACUAUGUGCUAAUGAGGAGUGAUAAAGGUGUUUUGUACAUGAGUGAGGUUGAUUUGGGGCUUCCGUUGCCGGAUUAUUUCUCGGCGGCGUUUAGGGCCAAGAUUUAUAAUGUUUGUACAAGGAGAGAUAUUUUAUUGAGAGGUGCGAAGGUUAAGGGCGUUGAAGCGGUUAAAAUGGGGAUUGUGGAUGCAGCGUAUGAUAGUGAGGAGAAGUUGGUUGAGGCAACAAUGAGCUUGGCGGAGCAGUUGGCGAAGAGGAAAUGGAAUGGCGAGAAUUAUCAGGAAAUAAGAAAGAGUUUGUUUCCAGAUUUAUGUGGAGUGCUUGGACUGGUUGAGGCAAAACUUACUGCUAGACUUUGAAAGUGUAUUUUGCCUGUAUCAAUAAUUUGUACUUAAUUGUUAAGUACUUGUUGCCCCUUUGGUUUGGUGUAUGAUACAUAUUUGUCUUCAAAUUAAUUUUAGGCAGGGGAAUCAAGUAAAAACUUAUUAUA